AUGGGCUCACUGCUGAAUGAGACAAGAGAUCUGGUUGUACAGAACACAGAAAAAGCUGAAGUGGAAGAAGUUAUAGAGCAAGCAGACUACCUGUAUGGGAGUGGAGAAACUGAAAAGCUCUAUCGGUUGCUGGUUCAGCACAAAAAUAGUGAGGAUGCAGAGUUGUUAUGGCGGCUGGCACGAGCGUCACGAGAUUUAGCUCAGCUCAGCAUUACUUCUGCAGAAGAGAAAAGACAACUGGCAUAUGAUUCCCUUGAGUAUGCAAAAAGGGCACUGGAAAAAAAUGAAGCAAAUUCUGCAGCACACAAGUGGUAUGCGAUUUGUCUCAGUGAUGUUGGAGAUUAUGAAGGAAUCAAGGUUAAAAUUGGAAAUGCCUUUGUUAUCAAGGAGCACUUUGAGAGAGCCUUUGAACUGAAUCCGAAAGAUGCAACAUCAGUUCAUCUUAUGGGCGUUUGGUGUUACUCCUUUGCUGAAUUGCCAUGGUACCAACGAAAGAUAGCUGCAAUGCUGUUUGCAACACCUCCGACUUCCACAUAUGAAGAGGCCCUUCGUUACUUCCACAUGGCGGAGGAAGCUGACCCAAAUUUCUACAGCAAAAAUUUACUCUUUCUGGGGAAGACAUACCUGAAGUUAAACAACAAGAAGAUGGCUCUUCUGUGGUUAAGCAAAGCAAAGGAUUAUCCUGCACAUACAGAAGAGGAUAAACAGGUACAGAAAGAAGCUUUGGAGUUGCUUAAUUCUAUAUAACAAGAAACAAGAUACUGGGAAUUCAGUAUCUCAGAGUAAGCAGCAUAGGAAAAGGAAUCUAAAUACUAUUUUUUUUUCUCUUGAAGUUGUUAAUAAAAUUACUAUUUCUAUUUCUUGUUUCAAUUAAACUAUCAACUGAAAGA